AUGUCUUCUUUUCCUUACUGCCUGACUUGUUCAAGUUGGUUUCUUCAGCUACCACUUGAUGGCGUCACAUCUAUAGUUGAUGGUUUGAAGAUAUUGUACGGAGAAACACUAAAGCCAUUGGAACUUACAUAUAAUUUCAAUGAUUUUGUAUCUCCAUCAUUGACCGAUGGCGAUUUUGAUGCUAAGCCGAUGGUCUUGCUCUUGGGUCAGUAUUCGACCGGAAAAACUACAUUCAUUAAACAUUUGCUAAAUGUAGCUAUCCAGUCCGGACCUGAUGCAAGGAGCAUACCUGGAAAUACCAUAGCUGUGAAUGCAGACCUUCUUUUCAGUGGUCUAGCAAGUUUUGGAGGCUCAUUUCUGUCAAAAUUUGAGUGUUCUCAAAUGCCUCAUCCGUUGCUAGAUGAAAUUACGUUGGUGGAUACUCCUAGAGUUCUAUCCGGAGAAAACCAACGAGCACAAAGGGGCUAUGAUUUCUUUGGUGCCAUAUCGUGGUUUGCUGCAAGAUCUGAUCUCAUUCUUCUUCUAUUUGACCCUUAUAAGCUUGAUUUCAACUAUGAGUUUAAGCGUGCAAUUGCAUGUCUACGGGGUCAUGAUGACAAAAUCCGAGUGAUCCUAAACAAAGCCGAUCAAGUUAAUACUAAACAAGAUCACCCGGAUCUUGGCAUCAUGACCCCGUAG